AUGGCAAAGAACUCAAACAUGGCGUUUUUUGUAGCCAUGGCGGCUCUGGCUUUGGUAAUGAACUCGGUGGGGGCAGCAAAUACUUAUGAAGUGGGUGAUGCGUUGGGUUGGACCGUCCCUCCCACUGGAACUUACGCUGCCUGGGCUUCAAACAAGACCUUCACUGUUGGCGACGUUCUUGUGUUCAAAUUUAGCACCGGAAAUCAUGACGUAGCUGAAGUGACAAAGGCAUCUUAUGAUUCUUGCAAUGCCAAUAGCCCCAUUUCAAUGGCGACUAACGGCCCCGCAAAUCUCACACUGACCACUUCAGGGGAGCAUUAUUACAUUUGUACCUUUGGUGGCCAUUGUAUUGGUGGUCAAAAGUUGAGCAUCAAUGUCACCGGAACUUCAUCUCCAGCUCCAGCUCCUGCACCAAGUACUAGCUCUCCUCCUCCUUCACCUUCACCUUCACCACCGGCAGCUGUUCCGGCACCGGGUCCGAGUACUAGCACUACCCCUGGCAGCGGCGCCAGUCCUCCAUCUGGCAACCCCAGCAGCCCAACCACUCCAUCAUCACCACCACCAGAAGGUUCUGCUAGCCCUCCACCAUCACCACCACCAGAAGGUUCUGCUAGCCCUCCACCACCACCACCAAGUGCAGCAACAUCUCUUAGGGUUGCUGGCCUAUCUGCAACCUUCCUGUUCAUUGCUUUGGCUUUGUUGUUUUAG